GUUCUUUAAAAAAACGGGAAAAUAAAACAAAAUGUAUUUAACUUUGUUAAAUGGCACCGGUUACGUUUUCGAUGUAGAUGAUUACAUGGAGCUACGCAUCAAACACCGCAUUGUGGGCGCUCUUGUGGGCACGGCCAACAGCAAAGGUUGGAGCUCCAGUGAAGCAGCUCUUCCCGUAGAGCUAACCAAAUGCGAGACGCAGCUGCUCAUAGAUGAAGGCUUGGCCAUUCUGGUCAGCAAAGCCGCAAGCUUAAUGAAAUCUCCAACUCCAGAAAUAUUGCAGGAAUAUCAAGAAGAUUUCGCGGCCCGCUUAAAAGCGCAAGCUGAUUCCUUGAAGGCGGAAAAGCUGCGGGAAACCGAACGCCAUGUGGAGAAAAUCCUCAGCGGCAAGCGCAACAAGUUGUUAAAGCAGGGAAAAUCGGAUGAGGCUGCUGCACUAACUUCCCAGAGCGUGAUCCAAGAAGUUGCAAAUAAUUUCGAAUUCGAUCAUCAAAAUGCGCUCGUAGAGCUGCCUUGUCCGCAUCUGGCUAAGCACACUGCCCAACUAUGGACUGAGCCGAUUUGCGACCGCGACUCGCUCAAAUACCGGGUUUUUCGUGAUCUUUGGGGCCGUGGCAAGUUCGUCACUUGUGGCGAUGCCUUUGGCGCCGACUUCUUAAUAUAUCCCGGGGAUCCCAUGCUCUACCACGCCUCCCACAUUGUCAUCAUUCAGUCAACACCUGCAAUACGUCCCCUGGAGCUGAUUUCCAAGGUCCGCUUGUCAGUCAUUGUCAAUAAGAGCUGUGUGUUUGCCUAUGAGGCAGCUGAUGGAAAGACCAUCGUCUACCAAACAGUCGCCUGGUGCAAUCCUAGCAAAUAGGUAAUCAAUCUACAGGGGGCAACGAUAAGAAGCAGCGCGCCAUUCAGUCGUUGUGAAAGCUCGUGAACGUGGAGCAGUUGAGCAGUUGAGCAGUGGAGCAGCAGCAUCAACUAUUUGACGCUGCCAUUUAGAUGAAAUUUCUUGUUAGAACGUUGCAAGAAUAACAGCCUCGUCGUGUUAGCCACAAACAGCAA